AAGGACAGUUUGGGAGAAAGGAAUACCAUUUGGUCGUAAAAUGAUAUACAUUUGUAAGAUUUAAACUCUCUGCAGUUAUGUCAGAGAGUAACCCAAACAGACAGCUAGGUUAACAWCACCCGCCUAACAUCAUUAGCCAGCAAGCUAGGCUAGCUAGCUAGUUUUGGGGGACAUUGCGCCUCCUAACCUGCUCAGCCGUUAUCUAUUUAUUUGCCUUUUGUUGCCUGGACAGUCCAGCUUCUCAUUGUCGUGCUUUCAUUGAACGGYGGAGCUUAGCGGACUGGAGCUGUGGGGGGCCCGCGGACAAACCCCCUGCCCUGGGCGUCCAGGCGGACGGAUCACGUAGACACGCGGGCCGUGGGAACCUGUCUCCCUCUCCCUGCCCUACCCCAGAGUUCCAGCCCCAGACACCCUCAGCUACCUUGAGUCAGCCAGCAUGAUGUCAGGGACCCUGGACUCUCUGUCUGGCCUGGGGGAGGAUGGAAGCUCUAUCGGGUCAGACUCAGAGAUCAACGGCCUGGCUGUCAGACGCACUGACAAAUAUGGCUUUCUCGGCGGGACCCAGUACAGCGAGGGCAGUGAUAAGGACAUCAGAGUUGAUGUAGCACGGCAGAGAGAGCUGAAAUGGCUGGACAUGUUCAACAAUUGGGACAAAUGGGUCUCAAGACGCUUCCAAAAGGUGAAGUUGCGCUGUAGGAAGGGGAUCCCCUCUUCUCUCAGGGCUAAAGCCUGGCAGCUGCUCUCCAACAGCAAGGAGCUCCUGGACUCCAACCCCGGCAAAUUUGAGGAGUUGGAGAGGGAGCAGGGAGACCCUAAAUGGUUGGACAUUAUAGAGAAGGACCUGCAUAGACAGUUCCCCUUCCAUGAGAUGUUUGCUGCUCGCGGUGGACACGGGCAGCAGGAUCUGUACCGGGUACUGAAAGCCUACACAGUGUACAGACCUGAAGAGGGAUACUGCCAGGCCCAGGCCCCGGUGGCUGCUGUCCUGCUCAUGCACAUGCCUGCUGAGCAUGCCUUCUGGUGUCUGGUGCAGAUCUGUGAGACGUACCUGCCUGGAUACUAUAGCGCUGGAUUGGAAGCAAUCCAGUUGGAUGGAGAGAUCUUCUUCUCUCUGCUACGUCGUGUCUGUCCCAUGGCCUACCGUCACCUGAAGAAGUUUAAGAUAGACCCCAUUCUCUACAUGACCGAGUGGUUCAUGUGUGUCUUCUCACGCACCCUGCCGUGGUCCUGUGUGCUACGUGUGUGGGACAUGUUCUUCUGUGAGGGAGUGAAGAUAGUGUUCCGUGUGGGCCUGGUGCUGCUCAAGCAGAUGCUUGGCUCGGUGGAUAAACUGCGGGAGGUCCAGGGCAUGUACGAAACCAUGGAGCGCCUCAGGAACAUCCCACCUGAGUCUGUCAAAGAGGACCUAUUGGUGCAGGAGGUGGUGUCCCUGGCGGUGACCGAGGCUCUGAUCGAGAGGGAGUGCAGUAUUCAGGUAAGGAAGUGGAGGGAGUCCAGGGGCGAACUGACCCACCAGCCUGUCCGAAGGCUCCACGGGACACGGGACAUCCACGAGCACAAGCGUCGGGCCUCCGCCAUCAGCUCCGGGGGUAGCUUCUCCUUCCUGGGGUCCAUCCCCCCUCCAGGGCCCCUCAGGGCCUCCUCCAGCCUGCUCUCCCUCCCCGGCUUCCGCAAGUCCAAAACRCCCUUCRUCUCUCAGAAGAAGGGCUCCUUCUCUGGGGCCUCUGGGAUGGAGGCCAUGCAGCGACAGAACCCCUCAGCGGCAGCUUCAAGCCCACCCAGAGGCCCCGCCCACAAACCACCCAUGUCUAGUGGCUCUGUAGCUAGGGCGCCUGCCUCUCAGAGUCCUUUGGUAGGGUCUGGUCCAGGCCCCUCUUCUGGCCCAGCCCAGACCUCAGCACAGAGCCAGCCUGGUGCAUCAGCCCCAGCCCCAGUACACCAUAAACCACCCAACACCCUCUCCCCCAAAGUCACUUCUGAGCAGAUCACACCCACCAUCCCAUCACCCACCGCUAACAACACCCCUCUGCCCCCGUUCCCAGACGGAGGGAGAGGAGGAGCAGCAGCUACAGGAGGAGAGGAUGACAGGAAGAAGAAGAAGAGCAAGGAAGACAAGAAGAAAGAGAAGGAGGAGGAGAAGAGGAAAGAGAAGGAGAAGAAGAAGGACAAAGCAGACAAGGAGAGCCAGAAGAAGGAGAAGGAGCGGGCAGAGAAAGAGAAGAAAAAGGAGAAAGGGGGGAAGAAAAAGGACAGAGCUGGAGGAGAGGCAGAAGAGAAGAAUGGAGCCACAGCACCAAGAGAUUCGGUCUAGUUUAUCCUGUUAUUCCUUCUGAAAGAAAAC